UCCCUCCCGGGCUGCCGUGCGUGAGCCCGUACGUGGCAGUCUGAGAGCGGUAGCUGGUGCGGCUCUCGCAGCGGUCCCGGUCCACGCACGAACACCGACACCUCCGCAGGAGAAGAGACCGAAAAAAAUAAAAACCCACCGUCCUCGAAGUUCUAACAACCAGUCUGAGCCAUGUUCACCACGUCGGAGCUGCUGGUCCUGCUGGCCGCCCUGUCGGCCACCGCGUCCGGCUACUUCGUCAGCAUCGACGCCCACGCCGACGAGUGCUUCUACGAGCGGGUCAACUCCGGCACCAAGAUGGGCCUCAUGUUCGAGGUGGCCGAGGGAGGUUUCCUGGACAUCGACGUGGAGAUAACGGGGCCUGACGGUAAGCAGAUUUACAAAGGGGACCGAGAGUCCAGUGGGAAGUACUCGGUGGCUGCACACAUGGACGGAACCUACAAGUUCUGCUUCAGCAACAAGAUGUCCACCAUGACACCCAAGAUCGUCAUGUUUACCAUCGACAUCGGAGAGGCUCCUAAAGGCCAGGACAUGGAGACGGAAGGUGGUGACAACUGGGAUGCUCAUCAAAACAAGCUGGAGGAGAUGAUCAAUGAACUGGCCGUUGCUAUGACGGCAGUAAAGCACGAGCAGGAGUACAUGGAGGUCCGCGAAAGGAUACACAGAGCAAUCAAUGACAACACAAACAGCAGAGUGGUCCUAUGGUCCUUCUUCGAAGCUCUGGUUCUGGUGGCGAUGACACUUGGACAGAUCUACUACCUGAAGAGGUUUUUCGAAGUGCGGCGAGUGGUUUAGAGCAAUCCUAGCGAUCCCUGUGUGUCCUCCACUGUUUUCUUCCAAACCAAGGAUGUUAUUUACACGCUGGAAACGAGACUGGCUGUUUUGAGUAAAACUGAUACAUGAUUGGAUCUCAGAUGUUUUGUUCUCCUGUUACUUGUUUGGUUCCUUCUUUCUAAAUGUGUUUGGAUUGGCCACAUGAUUCUGCCACAAACGUCUAUUUUUUUUUUUUUUUUUAAAUAACAUUUUUAUUGUCCAAAGCUGUAGUCAAGUACCACUUACUUACCAGUUUUGCAAGAGACUGUAAGGCUCUUCAUUUUCAGUCAGUGUAGUCACUUGAGGGAGACUUAUGAGUUCACGUGAAUGGAAGGGUUGAAGUGGAGUUGCCACCAGAGAAUCUUGCUCUUAUUAAUGUUCAAGUGGGAACUUUUUCAAACGAUAAACAUGAAAUCCAAGUUGCAGAUGCUCAUGUUUCCGUGUCAGAGCCAGUGUCCAUUUCCUAUUGUGUUGAUGCUCUCAAACCUAAACAAAUUGCACUCCUGAUGUAUGCUUCUGAAUAUCUGAAGGAUACACGCUGCAGCUUGUCUUUAAGGGAAACUGUACAGCUUUUACCCAAUUCUUGAUAAGGCAACAAUUCGGGCCCCACUGAGCUCGGGGGUGGGGGGGGACAUCUUUCCCAGGAAGAUGGCUCAUUCCCCACUAAGAUAAAAAAAGGUCUAAAAAAAAUUUUAUUUUCAUUUUCAAAACUUGGUCUGAAUAUCCUGAACCAAGGUAGGGAGAUUAGGUUUUAAUUGAAUUAUUUGUGGUUCAGCUCCAAAGAAAAGUGGUCAGGAAUACUGAAGUUGAUUUGGGUUGGCUGAGGGGGGGCUGGGGCUUCUGACUCCCAAUAACUGCUGUGUGCUUUACUUGCUUCUAUUAUAAUUAUUUUGUUGGGGUUUUGGAAUGAUAUGAUUGUAUACAGUUUUUGAACUUUUUUUUUUCUUGUGUAGAGCGUGUUUAGUGACUUGCAACUGGCUGAAUGAGCCCUUUUUGUAAAACAGGUCCGGCCACUGACCUGCCACGCUGCAUGCAGCAGCUAUGAGACCGUGAGUGUUGUAUGUCACCAAAUAUGCUUCAGUUUUCUAUUAAACAGUCUUUAGGGAGCUCCGACUGGACACCUGCUCUGGACCGUCUUGUCUUUUGUGGUCAAAACAAAAUCUGAUAAAUGGGUCUGUACAAAGGUAGAAUGGUUCUGUGAAAAAAAAAAAAUGCCCCAGGUUUCAUAAUAAAGCCAAUAUUCUGUACAA